CAUGGGAGAAUGUAAACAUUGAAGAUGGCGGAACGUUUCUUCUGGAACGAUGUAGAAAGUCUCCAGUGUCCUCCGAUUUCAAGAUGUCCCUUCUCCGGCGACAAAGGCUCAGUUUCCGUGCUGACAGACCAGGUUGUCAGUAUGGAGAUGUUCCUGCUGAAGGAUCCGUACCUGAAGUUUGAAGAGUCUGUCCUGACCAGAGUCCUGUACAAACUGUCAGCCUCUCUCAGGAGGAACAAACACUACCAGUACCUCAAAAUGAUAGAGAAAUCCCUCAGAAAGCUUUCAAGACUGGAUCUGGUUACAGCUUUUUCCCAUGUUACUAGAUGCUUUCCAAGUUCUAAAGAUGAUUCAACAGGAGGCGCUGCAGUACUGCUGCCCAGCCGACAGCUGCUGGAGUUUCUCCUUGUGAAGCUGCUGGGGGCUGCAGAGAUCACCAGCCAGACUGUCAGUCUGUGUGCUGAGGCAUUCAUCCUCACAGCUCAACAGAUCACCAAGUCUCUGUUCCUGGCAGCCAACUGCACUCUACUCUCCAUAACCAGCAGACUGUGGGCCCUUUUAAAGGGGUUUCAGGAGAAGCUGCAACAGUGGUACUCCUUCCUUAGGCCUUGGGUUGAUAAGCUUCAGGGCACACAAGUACAGUGGCUGCCAGGUGGUGUCAAGCUGCCAUUGGACCUAGAGGAGUGGAUUGUGCCAGAGGAGGACACAACCCAGCAACAGUCAAGAAUGCAGACCAGUCUAAACAGUGUCAGCCCCGGGACCCUGGGUUUCCUGGAUCACCUGUUCACCUCGCUUGUCCCCUCACCUGAUGAUGGAGACCAUGAUGCUUCCCUCAGUGUCCAUGCAACAGCAACGGAAAAAACUGUGUCUGUUAAGAAGAGAAAAAUCCCACCUGUAGCACAGAGCACACCUGUGUACAAUUCACCUUUUCUUCAUCCUGGAGAGGGACUUCCUGACAACCUAGACAUGGAUCUUGGAGAGCCUGUUUGGUCUGACAUUUCCAGUAUCAGGAAUAGACUGUCCAGCCAUGUGCAGGGAGACAUUGUAGUCCAACCCACAAAACUAACCUUUGGAGAGGACAGAAGGGAGGGUGACUCACAUGCGGAAAGCUCCAAGUCAGCAAGGAAAAGAAAGAGGCAACAAUCCAACAAGCAAGCAGAAACAGAAAACUUGGAAGAUGUCACCCACCCUGCAAAGAGAAGGAAAGAGGACAGAGACACGAAAAAAGAUGAAACAAAAGAAACUGUACAAAACCUUGCAAAGGGAAAGAAAAGGAAAGCAAAAAGUGGCAAUGUUCAAGAAACACAAUGUGAGAAGAGUAAGUCACAGCCUAUGGAAGUCGAAAAUACUCAGAAGGAAACAACACUACAUUUGCCUGUGGAAGAAGAUACUCCAAGUGAGACGAGAAGGAAAAAGAAGAUGAAAGCCAAAGUUACAAAAGAAGACAAAGGAGAUUCUCACAAACCACUGUACAAGCCAGAUGAGUUUAGGACACAAUCUUUUGAGAGAAAACAUCUCCAUAAAGAUGUGGAAAAUCCUGUUGUAGUAAGUAUAGGAAAGGGAAAAGAAUGGAUGUUGAAUGCUAGUACAUGUAGUACAUUCAAGGAGUUGUACCAGUGCUGUCAGUUGAUUGGUGAGAAAGUCCAAGAAGACACAGCAGCAGAAGCUAAACUGCAAAAACUCACUUCGAAAAUCAAGAGGUGUGCUAAGAUGGAGAGCAAAGGGAAGAAUGUGAAGUUUGACUUGAAGUUCUUGAAAUCUAAAGUACUAACACUAACAAGUGUGGGGCGAUUGGAGCAAUGUACUCUGAUACAAUGGUCAGAAAAGGAAGACAGAAGUCUCCAAGCAACAGAUUUUGAAAGUUUGAAGGAAAGACAAGAUACUACAUGCACUUUCAAUACAAUUACAUGUACUGAAAGUGCGAGGGGUACACCUACAAUAUUGAGCCCAGAGAAUAUAUCCCCUGUAGUAGACAAGAAACCCAAGCAAGUGACCCCUAAGUUACUAUCAGACAUGAAACAAGAUGCUACAGUAAAGGAAAAGAAGAAAAGUGCUGUGAAGAAUAGAGUCAAAAAGAACAAGAAGUCAGAGACCAACUCAUUUGCCAAAGAUGACAUACUGUUAAAGAAGAGGAAGGCAUGCAGUUUAAAUGACACAGAUGAAAUAGAUGACAUAUUCAGAGGGCUUGACUAGCAUGUGGUAAAGUGUAAAUCCUGUCAUCCUACGUAAUUGGGUUUGCGGAAAAACCUGUCCACCUUUCAGGCCAGACGUGCUAGCCUGGCCUGGUGGACUGGCCAGAUAGCCUGGCCUGAAAGGUGGACAGGUUUUUCCGCAAACCCCUACGUAAUUACAUGUGUGAAUUGAGAUGGGCCAAAUUAUGCCAAAAAAU